UACCCAUUUUCCACACCCGUACGUUCGCCCACACGGCCGUGCCCCCUCUCCUCUCUCCAGCCCCGCCGCUGCUAAACACCUCCCUCGUCUGGGUUGCGUCGCACUCCCUAGUCUGUCACACCAGGCUCCGAGAAAUCUGACGUGUUUUUCGCAUUUCCUGCACCAGAGAGAGACGGAGACAGAGAGCAGGGUCGGGGGAGGCAGCCAGAGGUAUGUCCACGGGAAGUUGAGACCAGCGGCCGCGGUGGAUGAAACCAGGCCGCGCAACGAGCAGCGGGAACCCCUGUUCACCUACCUACCUACCGCCUGAAUCUGCCCCCUCCUCGCCGCUCCCGCUGCGGUUGUUACCAGCCGCUGUCUGGUCUCGGCGGUCCGGCUCGAAACAUCCCCGUUGCGCCGCGGCGGCUUCCAGCGGGCGCCUGGAGCCUCCCACCCAGCACACGGUGCAAUGCAACGCGGGCCAGCGCCUCCACCGUGCCCCGCUACAGCCGACGGAGUGUUUUAAUUCCUCGGAGGUAAAAGGCAUGACAGACCGACUCACAUCUGGGGCCUUUGCUCAUGUGGUUUCUUUUUUUUCCCUGCUAACUCGCGGCUGUUGGUAGCGGUUCAUAUUCCUUCCGUGCACUUCUAGAAAAAAAAAAAAAAAAAAAAGGCGGACGUUUUUCUGUUGCUGCAGAUUAUUGUUAUUAUCAUCAUCAUCAUCAUCAUCAUCGCCGUCGCUAUUUUUUAGAGGAAAUCUGUAGCGCAUUCGACAAGUGUGAAGGCUUCGGGGGAAGACCGAGCAGCAGUUCAGAGUUGGCGUUUUCUCCGUCAUACCGAGCUGGAAGGGAUACGGCGUCCGCCUGGAGGACCACCGGUUGAACAGAGCCCUUAUUCACGCCGCCCGAGCGCGGGGAGUUGCGUCGUUUUGAGGCGGCCGAGGGGAAAGGUGAGGUGGUUUCGGUGUAAACGAGUUACGCUUCGAGUAUCGAGUGUCCGGACCGUUUCACCGCCAUGGUGGUCUUCAACGGGCAGCUGAGGAUCAAGAUCUGCGAGGCUCUGAACCUCAAGCCGACUGCCUGGUCCCUGCGUCACGCCGUCGGCCCCAAGACCCAGACCUUCCUCCUCGACACGUACAUCGCCCUGAACGUGGACGACUCCCGCGUGGGCCAGACCUCCACCAAGCAGAAGACCAACAGCCCCGCCUGGAACGACGAGUUCACCACGGAGGUCCACGACGGCCGCAGGAUCGAGCUGUCCGUCUUCCACGACGCGCCCAUCGGCUAUGACGACUUCGUGGCCAACUGCAUCAUCCAGUUCGAGGAUAUCCUGCACAACAACAGCAAGCACUUCGAGGACUGGAUUGACCUGGAGCCAGAGGGGAAGGUGUACGUUGUUAUUGACCUGUCGGGAUCUUCCAGUGAAGUUGAAACGGACACUACCGAGAAUGAGGAGCGCGUGUUUCGGCAGCGGAUGCGUCCCAGGAAGCGUCAGGGCGCCGUCCGCCGGAGGGUCCACCAGGUCAACGGACAUAAGUUCAUGGCCACCUACCUGAGGCAGCCCACGUACUGCUCCCACUGCAGGGACUUCAUCUGGGGCGUCUUAGGAAAGCAGGGCUACCAGUGUCAAGUCUGUACCUGCGUGGUGCAUAAGCGCUGCCAUGAGCUGAUCAUUACCAAGUGUGCAGGGAUGAAGAAGCAGGAGGACACAGUGGGGGAGCCGGUCGGGUCCCAGAGGUUCAGUGUCAACGUGCCGCACAAGUUCAGCAUCCACAACUUUAAAGUUCUCACCUUCUGCGACCACUGCGGGUCUCUGCUCUGGGGCCUGCUGCGACAGGGACUACAGUGUAAAGUGUGUAAAGUGAAUGUACACAGGCGCUGUGAGAGUAACGUGGCCCCUAACUGUGGCGUGGAUGCCAGAAGAAUCGCUAAAGUCCUCAAUGAGCUCGGGGUCACACCGGACAAGAUCUCCAACAGUGGCCAGAGACGGAAAAAGGUGUCUCGACCUCAGCUUCCUCAGGGCCAGGACCCCCAGCAGCAGUUAUCAGGGACGCCUCAGACAGAAGACGAUUGCUCAAAGUCCGCCCCCACCUCCCCGUGCGACCAGGAUGUGAAGGAGCUGGAGAACAUCCGAAAGGCUCUGUCGUUCGACCGCCGCGCAGAGGAGCACAAGACGCAUCCCCUGUCCUCACCCUCCUCUGUUGCUGCGGUAACGGGGGACAGCCACGGGGCACCGGGCAGAGGUGGCGACGGAGGCAGCGUUGAAGUGGAGGGAAAAGGGAGGCGGGAGAAUGGAGAGGUCAAAGGUCACAGCGCUCCGGAGGCCAAGAGGAUGGACCUGCACGACUUUGUGUUCAUCAAAGUUCUGGGAAAAGGAAGCUUUGGAAAGGUGAUGUUGGCAGAGCUCAAAGGCAGCGAUGAGGUCUACGCCGUGAAAGUGCUGAAGAAAGACGUGAUCCUGCAGGAUGACGACGUGGACUGCACCCUGACUGAGAAACGGAUCCUGGCCCUGGCCCGAAAACAUCCCUACCUGACACAGCUCUUCUGCUGCCUCCAGACUAAAGACCGGUUGUUCUUCGUGAUGGAGUACGUUAACGGAGGUGACCUGAUGUUUCAGAUUCAACGCUCCAGGAAGUUUGACGAGGCGCGAUCCCGGUUUUACGCCGCUGAGGUCACGUCUGCCCUGAUGUUCCUGCACCGGCAUGGAGUCAUUUACAGAGACUUAAAGUUGGACAACAUAUUAUUGGAUGCGGAGGGUCACUGUAAACUGGCAGACUUUGGGAUGUGCAAGGAGGGAAUCCUCAACGGACUCACCACCACCACCUUCUGUGGGACACCAGAUUACAUCGCACCUGAGAUCCUUCAAGAGCUGGAUUAUGGCCCAUCAGUGGACUGGUGGGCUCUGGGGGUGCUGAUGUAUGAGAUGAUGGCAGGCCAACCGCCUUUUGAAGCUGAUAAUGAAGACGACCUGUUUGAGUCGAUCCUCCAUGAUGAUGUCCUUUACCCUGUCUGGCUCAGCAAGGAGGCUGUGUCCAUCCUCAAGGCGUUCAUGACUAAGUGUCCUAACAAGCGUCUGGGCUGUGUGGUGGCUCAGGGUUUGGAGGAGGCCAUUAAGCUCCAUCCAUUCUUCAGAGAGAUCGACUGGACGCUGCUGGAGCAGAGGAAGAUCAGACCACCGUUCAAACCACGCAUUAAAACCAAAAGGGACGUGAAUAACUUUGACCAGGACUUUACACGCGAAGAUCCCGUCCUGACGCCGGUGGAGGACAGCAUCAUCAAGCAGAUCAACCAAGAUGAGUUCAAAGGAUUCUCCUACUUUGGAGACGAGACUGUGGCCUAGAUGCACACACUGACACACAUACACCUACUUCAGACGUACACAUCACCACCGCACCACACCUAAAAAAUCUUAAAGCAAAGACACAGUAUUUAAAGAAACAUGGCCUCUGGAGUGAGACCUCCUGAACUUUUCCAGAUUAUGACCUCUCCAGGAAUUAUACUAGACCACCUGUAUCUCUCAUUAUGGUUUCUGUGCUCUUGUUGUUUGUCCAUUUGUGCAUAUCCCAUCAAACUGUAUGCUCAAGCAGCAUGUAAGUGCAGUUCAAAUACUGUAAGAGAUGCCCCUAAGCUCCUUUAUUUGGUCUGGAUGUAAUUCUGAUCCAGGCAACGUGGCAAACAAAACCAAACGCUGUGUUUUCAGAGGGGUGUUUUGAAAUAAGUUACAUGGGCAAGAUCAUGGGCUGUUAGUGUAUGUUUGUGUGAGAGAAAGGUAAUGUGUGUACACGAGCGCAUGCAUGCGUAGUAGCAUACCUCUAGAAAGAGUAACUUUUAUUUCUGUACAUGGUGUGCUGUAUCCUGUGUCUAUCUGUGUUUUAAAGAAUGUUUUUUCUUCCCUAAACAUGUAUGUGAAUGGAAAAAAAAAAUCAUUGAAAUAAUGAUUGUAUUUAAAGGAAAAAAAAAAGGUCUUGAAAAGUAAUUUACUCAUUAUGAAAAGAGAUGUUAUAAGGAGAUGCAAGAAAUCAAAGACUUUUCUGAUGAAAUCAUGAUAAAAUUCGAAUUUUAGUCUCAAUUUUUGUCAGUGCUUUAUUUUAAAUUUAAGUAAAAACUGGCAAAUUAUAUGUUUACUUAAGAAGAUGCACCACAAAAGCGACACUUUGACAUUUUGAAUUUUUCCUUAGUUUUAUCUCAGCAGUUAUUUUCUUAUUGUAGAGAGAAGGUUGCGCUGUUUUUGCAUCUCUCUCCAUAUUUUAGCUUGUUUGAACAUCAGUGUUCCCGUUCUCCAUUUAAACUGAAUGGUAACAUUAGCCGCCAGCUAACAAACCUACAGUAGCUUACCACUGGCUGUGUCCUUUGUUUUACUGAGGUAUGCCUACAGUGUUAACGAGCAGUUUUCACACAGCCUGAUACUGGGCAUUCAGAUACUGUUCCAGUGAAGCCAAAUAAUGAGAUGAAACCCAAAAUGUCAAGGGAGCCCUCUAAAAAGACGGUUUAUUUUUGUUCUAGAGCUUGUUACUGAAGUUCUCACUGGACCUUCUGGAGCAAAAUCCUUCCAGGUCAACUCCUUAAAUCCCUUCAUGACCACUUGAUCCUUGAAAUGCUUUGUGUGUGUCUGUGUGUGUACAGUAACGGUGUACUGGGCCUACAGUCUCUAACAUGACAAACCAAACUGCCGUGAUUCCACGCUGAAGCUGUGGAUCAUGCACAGAGUUGAAAUUGUUAGUACAUGUGACUGAAUGUGGGAUAACUGAAUGUACUUGCUCUGCGGUGUGUGUUUGCAUGUGCGUGUGUGUGUGUGUGUGUGUGUGUGUGUGUGUGUGUAGACAUACGUGGAGAGCCCUCUUUGUCAUUGUCAUUAUGUUUUACUUUUAUUUUGAAGUCUAUCUGUUUUCGUCAUUGUUGUGCUGUUUUUACGGGACCGUCUAGUUCUUGCUGACGUGUUAUAAAUCUUUAGAUUUCCUGUUGCUGCAGCGAGACUCGCCUGAUCAGAAACUCUGACCAUUGUACUUCAGAUACUCCUCCACCUCUCUGUACAACCUGGACAUGGAGGUAAAACAAGCUUUAAAUAAGCAAAAAGGCCUCGAAGGUAACUUCAGAGGUGUCCCUCCAUGUUGCAGGUCAGGUUUAUGACUCCAUUGUGAACCAAACGUCUUCAAGAGAAGUCCAUGUGCAAUACUCUGAAAGAGUUUUUGUUUUGUUUGUUUGUUUUUUUUAGUUAUUUUCUAUUUUCAUCCUCUCCUUCUUCCUUUGUUUUGUUUUUCCCUUCCUCUUUCUCUCUCUCUCCAGCCUCAUCCACAGACGUGAUCAGGUACAAAGUCGACAACAGUAUGUUUCAUUUUAGGCCACACACACACACACACAGUCAACAUUUCAGUCAGUCAGAGCCAGCCUGUUUCCUAAGUUCCUCUGAGAUAUACAUUCACAUGCAGUUGUCAUGCAUUAGCGAGUACGUUUUACCAAUUAUAAUGUUGACAGGAACAUUUAGAGCGAGGCACUGUCAGCAGAGUGACAGUUACAAGACACAUCUUGCAUUGCUCCGGUGCAGAAGUCUGGAAUAUGAAUAUUGAAUAUGAAGAGCAGGUGGAAAAAAAAAACGUAUUUAUUCUUUUCUAGUCUUUUUCUAGUCAUUUUUUAUUGUUCUCUUAGAGAUAACAUCACAAAUCAAUUCAAUUCCAUCCAGUUCAUUAAAAAAUGGAUGGUAAUGGCUAUUAAAUGGAUGGUAGCACCUACGUAUAUUACUCAUUGGACGUUUCCUGGAAAUAAAUAUAUAAUGUGGUACUGAUUAUAUACAAAAAAGACUAAAAAACUGUGUUCCUCUGGUACACUUUCAGUUAAUGUCAAUAAAUAGUUAGUGUAACUUGAAGAAUGUGCAGCUGUUCUUUUAUGGAAAAUGUUUUUCUCACUAUAAUUAGUACCAAAUUACAAGGUUUGUUCUCCCUAGGAAAUUACAAGGAACGUACUAGCCCAGAAAAAUAGUUAUCCCAAACAGGGAGAAAAAAAUACUCUCAGAAAGAGAAUAGAGAGGAAAGGAAAAGGAGAAGAGAGCAUCAGUAAGUGAGCACAAAAUCUGGGUCUUCUCAGCGGCAUCUCAGCUGCUCCUCUUUCUGCCGGCGUCGGACUUUCAGAUCAGCUCGACUGUGCCGCUCCGCCACUGGUUGGACCGAAUCCGAACUGUCCUGCACUCACAGAAUACGGCUCAAAGUCAGUCCCGAGCACUGAUUGUGUGUUGAGCGGCUGCGACGCCAAUUCGGACAUUUCGUUAGUAGACGGUCAAGUCUGGUCCUGAGCAUACGGCGGUCAGGGUUGUUGAUGUGAGCAUCAAAACCUUCUAAAUUGACCGUGACGGACAUUUUUUCACGUCCUUAAACAAGUGAUUUUAGUUGGCCGACCGGAAACAAACAUACUGUGGCUGUCACGCAGAGAUUGCAGGAAUAACCAGUGGUUGUUUUUCUCUUUCUUUUGGUUGCACAGUUCUCCAGUCUGAAUGUUAUGGGUGACAUGUUAAAGGAAAACACGAUGGCGCAAAGAUUUUUCACAGCAAAAAGCGCUCCCCCAGUGUUAAACGGUUACAUAUGAGUGUUCCUUGUGAGAGUCGUGGUUGAUUUUUAUUCCUUCCCUAACGAUAUCGGCAUGUAUGUCAGAGGCAGGGGCGCCGACACACAGACACUUCCAGAGGACGCUUCUGGCGCGUUGCUCGUCUCGUCGUCACUCGUGAGCCCCAAUGAGUCGCCGUGUGACCUGCCGGGCAGCCGAAAAAUAGUACAAACGGGCAGCGCUGUACAUGUAGCAGCAGAAACAUAUCGCACGUUGUAGCAGCAGCAGCAGCAGCGGGAGUAGGAGAUGUGUUCGAUACACUAGCACUUAAUCACUAAGCACUCCCACAACGAUACGGAGGGCGGUGCGGUUUGAAGAGUUCUGCCGCCAGCAAACUUCCACGACAACUGUCCGUCUUCUCUCCUCUCUCAGCGUGUCCCCCCGUUGCAUCUUUGCUUGGUCUUAAUUUUGAGAAUGUCAGACUGUUUGUCCCACUACGACCCAAAAAGGAUGUUUUUCUCCCAGAAGUCCUCCAUGCUAAAUGCCGAAUGCUAUUUCCGCAUUUUUCCACUGACAGUCCCUCCAGUUCGGUGUGUCGCUGCAGAGAGAGAGAGAGGAAAUACACUCCGUGUAGGAAGCUCACCUUUGUUGUCUUUCACACCUGCGAUGAACGGAGUCGGAGUUAGACUCAACGCCCAAUGGCACGUGGUUGAUUUCAAACAGUGGAGACAGUAUUAUGAUUUUACUUACAGUAUCAAACAUUCAUCUUCCUUGGGUCAUAUGCAGAAUGUUACUGUAUGUACAUGUGUUUUGUUGUUUGGUUGUUUUUUUUGCAGUCCCUGUAUUUGUGAAGCUUUGUCUGUACAUUUUGUCACCCGACCUGUGGUUUUGUUCCUUUAUGAAUUCUUUCCAUGCCUUACAUGUGUUUAUGUUAUGGUAGGAUUUUUUUUUUUUUUUCUUUUGCGCUGCGUGCCAAAUGUACUGUAUUU